AUACAGCCAAGCAAGUAUAAGAUCUACAACAAGGAAGUCAUAUCACAUACACAAUCGCAGAAAAUAUAAGUAUGACAGUGAUCAACUUGAUGCUGUUUGUUCUACUUGGACUGAUCCUCACCACAUAUACUUCUGCAAACCCAACAAAUCGUCGCAAUGAGAAUUUAGUCCUUUACGAAAAACCUCCACCAAAAUGCUGUACACCAUAUCUAUGGCAAGCCAAUAUCAGCCAGGUUCAAGGUUUAGUGGUCAACCAUUACCCUGUAGAGAUUGAGCUUGUGGGCCAUAUUUGGUAUGAUGGGAAAAAAGAAAAAGUCGCAGUUCAUGCAAAUAUUGUCACAAAUGGAGUUCUCUCAGUGCUAACUGUCAUCCAAGACUUUAAGGCCAAAAAACAGUAUACAAUGAACAAAAAACAAAAAACCUGUCAAGUUGGACCUGUAUACUUCCCUAAACCAGAGCGCUGUAUUCCGGAUGAUGCCGAAUUUCUGGGAGAAGAAGUACUUGGCGGGAGUCUGAAGGUGCAGUCAUGGAAAGCUCCUUUCAAAGGUGAAACAUAUGAUGUGAAAGCUUAUUUCACAAUGACCGAAAGCUGCAUUCCAGUAACAAGCACUUUGUCUGGAAAAAUCGAUUCUCCUCAAGGGGAACUAGACAUAUUAAUGACGACAACAACGUCCAACUACAAAGCUGGAAUCAAGGACUUCAGCAUAUUUGACAUACCUGAUUAUUGUGACAAGUCAUUGUGAACUCUACCAUGAAGAUAAAAUUCUGAAUCGAACUUCUAUGGAUGUGAAAUAAGCUUAGUUCAUUGAGCCAAAUCUUUUCGUUUCAUUGUUUAGAUAUAAAUGACAUCAUCUUUCCAAUUGGAUAGCCUGACAUGCUGCUAAGAUCUUAAAAUUCUCAAAUGGAGCUUCUAUGGAUGUUUGAAUGUGAAAUUAGCUUAGUUCACUGAGCCAAAUCUUAUUAUUCCAUUGCUUAUAUAAAUGACAUCAUCUUUCAAUCAAAGAAAAACUGACAUUUUUUGAAUGAUACAGAAAUUACUAUAAAUGUGAAAGUUUAAAAAACAUAGUUAAGGAUGCAUCAGAGUCAAAAGAAGAGAUAAGAUCCUCAAAUAAUAAACAUAUCAAUUUUUAGUUGCUUUGCUGUAAAUAUUGCUUGCAAUUUGUUCUCCCUAUAAUGUUUAACUUUUUUUCACUUAAACAACUACAGUACAGAUAGAUUCAUAUUGAAGACCAGCUACUGCUACUAGUCAGUCAACCUCUGCAUAAGUCUAUCUUAUACUGUAGUACCCUGGACAGGUUGAAUGAUGCAGUGGUGUUUUUACUCUAUAUUUGCAAUAGAACAACCAUUCAUAUUGAAAUUUUCAUGUUUUAUUCUGGAGACAAUUUCCAAUAUUGAAAAAAAUAUUUUAAUGAAAUUCCUAAUUUUAUAAUUUUGAUAGGCUUUUUUCAAAAACAGUCAAAAAGCUUUUUUAAAUAGAUCUGUA